UCUGGGUUUGGGACUGAUUUGCUUUCCAGGUUCCCUUUUGACCUCUAGGGGUAGAAACUGGAAACUAGAAAUGCUUUGCACCUUUUGCAUGAUCAUUUUCCCCUAUUCUUUUGGACCUUUUGAAAUUUAGAUUCCAUUCAUGAAAAGAAGUGGGUUGAAAUGGUAAGAUUGAACUCUCUGCCUAACUUCAAACCAGUUAACCACCUUUCGACCUGACUUUAGGUGUCCUUAGUUUGGCAUGAUCAUACUUUCUAAGAGUAAAUCUCCAUUUCCAGACCCUGGUGAAGAACUAUUUAUAAGUUAUUCCCAGCUGCUAAGAUGACAGCAAUUCCUCAAACCAAAUGGCCAGAGACAUGCAUCACUCCGUCUUCUCUUCAUUUUCCAUGAUCUUUCCUAUUGUUCUAACUUCUAUUCUUUCACUUGUUCAUUCAUUGACCUUAAAAUCAGAUAUUGAAGCUCUUCAAUCCCUGAAAAGUUCCGUUGAUCCCAACAUGAUUCCAGCGUCAUCUUACCUCACUACUUGGGAUUUCUCAGCGGAUCCAUGUGAAAGUACAGGCAAUUUUUUCACUGGCAGCAUCUCAGGAUGGAUCCAUGGAUUGAACAAGGUUGAAAGAAUAGACCUCUCGAGAAACCUCCUCUCAGGUCAGAUCCCUGCCAGGAUUUCUGAACUACGAAGAUUGACUCACUUAAGCCUGUCAAAUAAUGAAUUUUCAAGAAGAAUUCCUGACAUUAAAGGAUUAUGGCAGCUCCAGACAUUAGAGCUUGGCUCCAAUAAGUUAAGCGGAAGCUUCCCAAAGCUUCCUACAAGGUUGAGAACUUUGACUUUGUCUCACAACCGGCUUUCGGGACAUAUUACAUCAUUAGAGAAUCUUGAACAGCUAAGAUUGGUAGAUGUGAGUGAUAACAUGUUUUCAGGUCCCAUUAGUAGGGGAAUUCUUGCAUUGGCUCAGUUGAAGCACCUUAAUGUUUCCUUCAACCAACUCACAGCAAUAGAGGUGAACAACUAUUUUCGGAGUGGGUCCCCACUUCAAGUACUUGAUGCACAAGGGAACCGUCUGCACGGUCAUUUGCCUGUUAAAUUGGUCAACUUUGAGAGGUUAGCAGUAAUUAAUCUAGCAUACAAUGGAUUGACAGGUCGAAUACCGAUGGCAUAUGGACUGAGAUUGGGGAGACCAUGGAGAAUAUUGUUUUUAGAUGAUAACUUCCUAUCAGGUCGUCUUCCACCCCAGUUCAAUAGCAGCAUGGUGAGGAUCAGAGGCAGCCUUGCAAAUAAUUGCCUGAUGUGCCCAAUAAACAUCCCCCUUUGCCGGGGAGGUCAGAGGCUAGCUUUAGGUUGCAUUAGUGAGAUUGAUGGCAAUUGACAAAUAGUGA